CAGCUGUCGCACUCGACAGCGAAAACGCUCUAUUCUUAGUAUAUUACUACAUUAUAAAGCCCAUAUAUACGCCACAGAUCGAUUGGUUCAGGCUCCGCUGGCGCCUCUUCCACGACUGCUACUAUCACUGCACCACCACCAUCACCCCUAGGUUUUCUGUUCUCCAUGGCCGCUCCUGCUCAAGAAGAGACUGGCGACGUUGGCCCUUCGGAGGCACAGUUCGCAGCGAUAAUGCUAGACGCAAAGACGAGGUAUAAAUCAGAGACAAACGUUACGAUCGAUGAUCUGAAAGACGUCCCUCUCGACAUCGAUGAACUGAUGGAGGAGAUCACGAAACGCCAGGACCGUUUCGCUGCGUUUCGGAAGAAGGGGAAGUCAAUCCGCAAUGCCUUGAAACCCUUCCUUGAGAUUAUCAACCAGAUAUCCGACGGAGCAGGGGAAGGACUAUCGCUUGUGCCUAGUCCGGACGCAGGGAUAGCAAAGCCGAUAUUGAAGGCAAUCAGCUUCCUGAUCACGGCCGCGAAGGACGUUGAGAAAAGCUACGAUUACAUCGUCGAUCUCUUCGAUAACCUCAAUAACAUGCUCGAACGCUACAAGAUCUACGUUAGCCACGAUGUCCCUAUUCCCAUCAGAACUAACAUGGUCAAGACCCUGGCGCACAUGCUCGUUAUUUUCGGAAACGCGACAAAGGCUAUCAAGACUGGGCGAGGGCUCCAAUUCAUCAAGGUCCUUAUAGGCCAGAAUGGCGCCGUAGCAAAGUCUCUUGAAAAGCUUGAAAAUUUGAUAAAACAAGAACACAGCCUGGUAUCUGCGACUAUACUCUCUAUAAGCACCGACAUCUUCGGAGAAGUGGCAAACCAGAAAGGAGAUAGCAGUGGACUCGACGUUGAGGGGAAGAAGACCGUGAGGCAGAUACUCAUUCGUAUUUGCGAUGCCGCGGAAAAGUUCGGCGACAACUCCUCGACAGUCGAAGAUAUAAGAUCCGCUGUCAUUCGAUACUCCGACGAACUACAAACCGUUAAGAACGCUCAAACACGGCAGACGUUGAUUGCAUGGCUGGACGCCCCAGACAUGCCACAAAACCACAAGCAGGCUCGCGACAGACACACGAAGGACACUGGUGUUUGGCUCUUGGAUUCAUCACAGUUUAAGGAGUGGAAAGAUGGGACGGUAUCGACUCUAUAUCUCAUGGGAAAGCCGGGCUGUGGCAAGAGCGUCCUCUGCUCCACCAUCAUUAACCGCCUACGCUACACUGUCAUCAGAGAGGGACAGAGCUCCGCCGCCCUUGCCUACCACUACUUCGACUUCCGUCAUCCAGCACAACAAUCAUGCGAGAGUCUGCUUCUAUCGCUUUGCAGGCAAUUGCUGGACUAUUCUCCUGGGAUCCCUGCUGCACUUGAGCGUCUUCACCAGAAGACCCUAGGCCGCAAGGAUUUUUCUCUCGAUGAGCUGCAGUCGACAUUUCACGACAUGCUACCGAGUUUUGAGCAUGUUUAUAUCGUUGUCGAUGCGCUCGACGAAUGCGCUUCUGACUUGGAGUCGGGCCGUGUGACCCAGUUUCUUAAGUCACUUCUUGAAUCUGCUAUGUCGGGUGUACACAUCGUGCUCACCAGUCGUCCAACGGGUUCCAUUCACAACGCCAUCGCUGAAGAUGUCUCUCGCGGACACCGAAUUGACCUUGGGAUUAAUGUCGGAGUUCAUCGAGACAUUGCACGCUAUAUCAAGAGUUCGCUCUAUGGAGAUAACGCCCACACGAGAUUCAAAGUGUUACACAGGACCGACCGUGCCACAAUCGAGAAGAAAUUGGUUCAUGAUGCUGAUGGAAUGUUCAGAUGGGCUUUCUGCCAGCUCGAGGCCCUUCAGAAAUGCGGUACUCCAGCAAAACUUCUUGAGGCUCUGAAAACUCUCCCUCGGACUCUUGACGAGACCUAUGAACGUACUCUGAUGGCAAUUCCAGAGGAUGACCGUGCAUAUGCCAAACGUAUACUACUCUGGCUAGCAUUUUCACUCCGCCCUCUCACAAUGAAUGAGGCUGCAGAGACUAUGACCUUAACACUCCACUUCGACGACAUGUCUCAAAAACCUCACUUCAGUGAUCAGGAACGACCGUUCAGCUCCAGCUACGUUCUCGAGACCUGCUCCAGCCUGGUGGACAAACGUGUCGAUUACCAGAAUGGUAUACAUGUACAGCUGGCUCACGCAUCGGUGAAGGAAUACUUGAUACAGAGUCGGAUACGGGAUAGCUACUUUUUCCUGGAUGCCGACCUAGCGCAUGAGAUCCUUGCACAUGCUUGCCUUAGCUAUAUGCAGCCACUUAUUGGAUGA